CCACUGGUGGCUUGUGGCAGCAGCAGGCAGUGGCUGAUGUGAGCCACAGCCCUGCCUGGGGUGGGGAAGGGAAGCUGGGCCCCCCCAGCAGCACUGCCAUGGGGUACCUGCCUCCUGCCCAGAGCUGUGCUGUCCUGCAAGAGGACAGAAGGAAAAUGCUGUAUGUCUUCUGGGCUGCACUGCCUCAGGUAGGUGGGUGCUCUGGACCUUCCUGCUUCAGGGCUGGAGGUGGAGGGAUGCCUGGGACAGCCUUCCUGGGUGGCACAGAGGGCUGUGCUGAAGCCCUUUCCCAUCAGCGUGAGAUGUCCGAUGUGAAGAGGAGCUCCAGUGGCAACUGUAGUGGGGCUAGAGCAGAGAAAGCUGAGGAAGCACUCAGGGCAUGUCCUGGGAUGUAAAGUCACAGGGGCUGCUGAGAUGGUGGUGGCUGCAUGCCAGGAACCUGGGUGGCAGAGGGCCCAGGCUGUCUCCCCUGCUGCCCUGAAGGCUGGCACAUGGCCAGGGAUGAGCGCUCAUCCAGCAGCAGAGGGGUUGCAGAGGUGCCUGGGCUCCUCAGCUUGCAGGAGGUGGCCAAUGCAAGCACAAUGGAGGAGUCUGGAGUGAUGUGAGAGCAGUGAAACCCCGUGGCAAGAGAACAGAAAGCCCCACAAUGGUGACAAGAGCUUGUUCUUCACACACUGGCAGCACCUCACUGUGAAGGUGAUGAGCAUCAUUGGCCUGGAGGGAAACAGGGUGUGCUGUGACAGCACAUCUGGCUGAGGGGGAGCAGCCCCAGCCUGGCCUCAUUCUUUGUGGUCCUUGGCACCUGCAGGUUACCAAGAGGACUUAGGAGAACAUUUCCCAUGUGUUGUCCAGCAGCUCUAACUCCCUCCUUCUAUCAACUGCCUCAGCCACAGGCCCUCUAUCAAGCUGUGAAAUAAAUGGUGCAGUUUUUUUGCUGUGCACUAAAGCACCAAGCGUACUCUCCUUGCAGGCUGCCAGGCACUCAGAAAUGCCCCCUAGCACCCAGAGUCCCUGUGCUGGGCUGUGGUGCUGAGCACAGAGGCUCUCAGUUCUGUCACUGGGAGGAAUCUCAGUCUCUGGGGCAGCGAGUGGAGACAAUCAGCCCCAGAAAGGCUCAGCACCCACUGCCAGCUGCCUCUAGGAGAGCAAACCUUUGUCGGGGACAAGUCACCUCUGGGAAGGAAAGGGGCUCGUCAGGGAGAGGGGUCACUGACACCCCUCUCCUCUUCAAGGGUUCUCUUGGGUUCAGGGGUGCUGUGGCUCUAACCUGCCUCUGCCAGGAACCCACUGCAGGCCUGGGCAUGGCACACUGCUCACCACCGUGGUCCUGGUGUCUCCACUUCUAUUUUCUUUCUUAUCAGCUCCUUUUCCCAGCACCCAGGUCAGUCAUCAGUGAUGCUGGAGAGCAGCUCCCAGUCAGGCAGACUUGACACAGGAUGUUCUGCAGGGCUGGCAGGAGCUGGGCAGAUGUGUGCCCCACAGGGAGAUCCCUGCUGCCUUUGUCACUGCCCCCUCCUGAGCGGCAGGUUUGCUUUAAAGACCCUGGCUUCCUUUUAUUACUUCCCCUCUCAAAUUUCAACUGGUUGCAAGGGCUAUUUUUAGCAGCCUGCCUUCUAAAAAUAGCCCCGAGCUGUUUGGAGUUGCGUCACAAGAGGUAAUUCUCGCCCGUGAGUGGCUUGGCCUCUGCACCCCAGGAGGCUACAAAAGGAGGCCAGGAGCAGCAGGGUCAGCAGGUUCAGCCACAGCCGGAGGCGAAGGAGGCAGCGGUUCCCUGCCAGCGGUUCCCUGCCAGCGGUUCCCUGCCAGCUCCAGCCACCCCAGCCCCGGCAGCAUGACCAUCUUCUGCAGCCACUGCCACCGGCCACUGCAGGCAGAGAUGAGCUGCCUGCCCGCGAGGGCCAAGCAGGCGCCCAGCGCCCCGAGGCCGUUCAGGUCAACCAAGAGCGCUUCCAAGGCUCGCCGAGACCAGAUCAAUGCGGAGCUGCAGGCGCUGCGCUCCCUGCUGCCCAUCUCUGCCCAGGAAAAGGAGCGGCUCUCCUACCUGCACACCAUGGCUCUGGUGUGCCUCCGGCUGCGGGGGGCUCAGCUCUUCCCUCCAGGCUUGGCUCCUCCUACGGGACCAGCCCUUGGCACAGAACUACUCUCCCUGCUCCCGGGGUUUCUGCUUGUGCUCUCAGCAGACAGCAAGCUGGUCUACAUCUCAGAGAAUGUGGCUCAGGUCCUGGGCCUCUCCGUGGUGGAGCUGCUCGCCCAGGGGGACACGGUCUUUGACAUCCUGGAUGGGAGAGUGGGAGAGGAUGUGCACAAGAAGCUCCUCCUUGCCCGGGAGGAGCCUGGCAGGGAGGUCACUUUUGUCAGCGAGAUGCGCACGUCCAAGGCCUUCCGGCUGCAGCACGGGGGCAAUCGGGUCGUGGCAGUGUGCGGGCGCUUUGUGGCCCUGCGCUGGCCACCCUCCCCCUCCACCACAGCCUUCCUGGCUCUCUGCACGCCCCUUGUGCAGUCACCCACAGAUGGCGAAGCUGCUUCCCAGGAUGACAUAUUCCAGAGCAUGCAUCUCCUGGACAUGACGUUUAUCGAUGUCACGGAGAGUGUCACCUACCACCUCGGCUACCACCGGGAGGAGCUGGUCGGUCAGUCGUGGUACAGCCUCCUGCACCCUGAGGAUGCUGAGCUGGCAGCUGCCCAGCACAGGGCCGUGGCGCUGGGGGUCGGGGCCGGGCCGGCAGCGGGGACCGCCGUGCUGCGAGUGCUGCGCAGGGACCGCGCCUGGAGCUGGCUGAGCGUGUGGGCGCGGCGGGACGGCGGCUGCAUCACCUGCACCUGCCGCUGCCUCAGGGAGGAGGAGGCAGCCCACCUGCGCGCCCGGCAGCCCCGCGCCGCCGCCCCGCCCGCGGGCCGGGAUCUGGGCCGGCUGGCCGAGCAGCUCCGCGCCCUGGCCGACAGCCUCUCGCCGCCGGCCGCCGCCGUGCCCUGCCGCUGGCCUCGGCCCGAGGAAGCCGAGGACGAUGCCUCCGUCUGCCUUGGGAACUCUCUGCUGCACCCUCCUGCCCAGUUCCUUCGGUUUCCCUUCGAGCAGAAAAUAGGGUGCAGCAUUCCAAGUGUGCUCCCACAGAUCAGUCUGACAUGUCUUUCGAGGAGCUCCUGCGGGUGCAGAGUGAUGCAAGGACGAGAGUGAGCAGGAAGGUGCCUGGAGGGAAGAAAACUGCAAAGCCUGCCAAAGCUACACUGAAGCAGCAACAAGGCAAAAAGGGGCCAUUGGAGAUGUCAGCCAAGAAGCCUGUACCUUUCCUGCGACAAGUGGUCCCUGUUAGGAAGAAG